CUAUUCACAUAAUCAGACAGACUUCGCCUACUACAGAGGUUGGAGAGAAGGCGUCUUCAGAAGUCCCAGUCAUGUCAGGGACACUGACACGUUUUAAAAGGUGACUCUCAGUCAAAGAGAAGUGCUCGUCCUAACCGUAGCCUUGCCUACAGGCUACGUGAAAGACCACAACUCCUUUAUAAGCGAACUUUACUUCCGAGCACCGGCGAAAUGAAGACUGUCGGCGCUUGUUGUCGGUUAGUUGGUCCACUACAAAAACAUGUUUAUGUGAUCCUUACUUUACCGAUCUUUUGCACAGCCUUUACAUUUUUCGUGGAUGUGUUUACGUUACACAUUACGCCUUGCAGUGAGACUAUAGCGAAGUCUUUGAACCACAGAGUGGACAUUAAUAUUUCCAACACCACAGCAAGUCGGACGGAGAAUCACAGCGACUUCACGAGUGAUGUCAUGUGUCAAGAAGCAAAUCAUUUUUCUCAUGGGAAAGCGACAUACAUGACGGGUUUGCUUAUCGGCUCUUUAUUCGGUGGUGCUGUAUCUGACAGGUAUGGAAAGAAAUUACUACUCAUUUGCUGCUCAGCGGUCCAUGCAGUCGCCACUCUGAUAGUGGCAUUUCUGCCGUAUGUACCCGUGUACCUGGCGGUCCGUGGCAUCAGUGGUGCAGCCUGUUGUGCCAUUCACAUCUGCACCUACAGUUUAGGGGUUGAAUGGAGCCUGCCCAAGUAUCGCAUCUGGCCUCCCACCCUGUUUUCUUUCAUCUUCAGUCUGGGAAUGAUGGGAUUGGCUGGCGUAGCUUUCUUGACCAGUGACUGGAUGCAGUUUUAUCUAGCACUGGGCAUCCCUCAGAUCCUCUUUCUGCCUCUUUAUUUCUUUCUCCCGGAAUCUCCUAAAUGGCUGCUUCUUAAUAAGAGGAUGAAAACACUAGAGGGCUAUCAGAAUAGAAGUCCGGAGGACAAGCACUACUUGGAUCUUCUUUUGGAGUCUGUCGACUCUGAGAAGCAGAUGUCACUCACAGAGAAGACCGAAGACCAAAAAACAGAGUCUAAUUUCACCAACUUUACAUCACAUACUAUACUGCUGCGCCUGUUUAUCAUGAGUUACAUUGGUUUUGCAUCUGCUCUCACGUAUUACGGGAUCUGCUACAGUGUGGGAAGUUUUGGUGUAAAUAUCUAUCUGGCACAGUUUUUCUCUGGACUAUCAGAGAGUCCCUCUUUGCUGCUUCCAUUUCUGUUGAAGCGAUGGGGCCGUAGGCCGUUCAGCAUGGGCACGCUGUUCCUUAGUGGCAUUUCCUGUAUGCUGUCUCUCCUCGUUUCCAAGUUAUGCGACAUGCCUGCCCUUGUUAUGACCCUGGCACUGAUGGGCAAGCUGUGUAUGCAGUCUACCACCUGUGUCUCUAUGCUCUAUGGGAUUGAGCUGUUCCCAACUGUAAUAAGGCAGAAGUGUGUCGGCUUGGUUAGUCUUUGUUACCGAUCGGCCUGCAUUAUAAAUGCGGUGUUGACCCCUGAGGGCGAGAUCCCUCUGCCAGCUAUGAUCUGUUACAGCGGUGGGCCGAUCAUUGGUGCGGCCCUGUGCCUGUUUCUCCCAGAGACCAGUGGCAUCCCUUUACCAGACACAGUACAGGACUGUGAGAAACAGCCCAGACUGAAGCUCUCAUGCUCUGCACGUUUGCCCAUGAAGCAUAAAAAGGAGUCCGAUGCUUCUUUUGUCAAGGAGACGGACAUGAAGAACCAAACAGAAUGCAGCCUCCUUUCAGCAUAGUCAACAAGUGCACACUGUUUCCUGUCAUAGCAGAAAUAUUGACAUGUUCAUAUUAUUUAAAAUGUCUUUUAAUGCCUUUUUUUAUAUCAAUUUAGUAAAAUGUGAGUGUCUAUGCUCAGGAGGUCAGCAUUUUAGAAGGUUAUUUUUUAAAGGAAUUCUACUGUGUAAUGGCUUUUGCUACUGUGAAAUGCUUCAAUAAUGAACUUUACUUUUGGAUGAUGAUCCUGGAACAUCUGCCAAAAACACACGUUAUAAUGGAAUCAUUCGAUGCUGCUAUAGGAUUGAUACAUGCACAAUUUGUCUUUAUAGAGCUCAAAAACCACACACAUUUUUAUACAUAUUCUCCUUUGAGUGUAAAGUCUUUGUUUUGUAAAGCCUUAUUGACAAAUUUACAGAAUUGAUUUCUCUUUUGCUCUUGGAUCUUGGAAGAUAUUGCUCCUGGAAAAGUAAAAUGUUUACCUUCACAAAAACACUUGGGGACAAAGUCUGUAAUUCUUAAACAAGUUUUGCAAUGAAGUACAGUUGGUUAAAUCAUUGUUUUGAAGAGCUUGCAUAUAUACUGUACCAUGCAACAAUAAUGACCAUGUUUGUGCGUGACCAAGUCUUCAACUCCAGAUUUAAUGUGCACAUUUCUGAUUUUAUUAAUUAUGGUUCGUGAACAUCCAUGGAAACAUCCAUUGCACAAAGGGUCCUUUAGAUUAUUAAAAUGAUCCUCACAAA